CAUGGCUGACGCACCCCGGACCGUGUUGAUCUCGGGCUGCUCCUCGGGAAUUGGCCUGGAGCUCGCCGUCCAGCUGGCUCACGACCACAGGCAGCGCUACCAAGUGGUGGCCACCAUGAGGGACCUAGGAAAGAAGCAGACACUGGAGACAGCUGCUGGACAGGCUUUGGGGCAGACCCUCACCGUGGCCCAGCUGGACGUGUGCAGCGACGAGUCCGUGGCCCAGUGUCUCAGCUGCAUCGAGGGAGGGGAAGUGGACGUGCUGGUGAAUAAUGCUGGAGUGGGCCUGGUGGGGCCCUUGGAGGGGCUCAGCCUGGCUGCCAUGCAGAGUGUCUUUGAUACCAACUUCUUUGGGGCUGUCCGUCUGGUCAGAGCUGUGCUUCCUGGCAUGAAGAAAAGGCGAAAGGGCCACAUCGUGGUGGUCAGCAGUGUCAUGGGGCUGCAGGGUGUCGUGUUCAAUGAGGUCUAUGCAGCCUCCAAGUUCGCCCUGGAGGGAUUCUUCGAAAGUCUGGCUGUCCAGCUGCUGCAGUUCAACAUCUUCAUCACCCUGGUGGAACCUGGCCCAGUGAUCACUGACUUUGAGGGGAAGCUCCUGGAGCAGGUCUCCACAGCCGAGUUCCCAGACACUGACCCGGACACCCUGCACUACUUCCGAGAUUUCUACCUCCCAGCCUCCAGGGAGCUAUUUCGCUCUGUAGGGCAGAGCCCACAGGAUGUGGUCCAGGUCAUCCUCAAGGUCAUUGGCUCCUCCAGACCACCCCUGCGCAGACAAACCAAUGCCCGCUACACACCGCUGGUUGCGCUCAAGGCUGUGGACCCCUCCGGGAGCCUCUACGUGCGCACCUCCCACCGCCUGCUCUUCCGCUGGACACGCCUCCUCAACCUUGGCCUCCGAUGCCUGGCCUGGGGCCGCCUCCGCCUCCGAAUAUGGCCCCGGUGAGCAGAGCUUCACCCAGCCCUCCUCACCUCUGCACAGCCUCUUCGGCUCACACUCAUCUCAGAGGCCAGUUCAGACUCUUCAUUCAUUCAUUCACUCAUUCAUUCAUUCCCUCAGCAAACUCUGCCUGACCUGCUCUGUGCCUGGGCAUUGCUAGGACCCCAGAAAUCCCUCAGCGUCCAGGCACACACACACCCAUGGUCAAGGCUGGGACAGAAAGAGGGACCCUUGCACCCUGGGCUGAGGAGCCCAGAGUAGGGAGCUGGAGCUGUCUCUGGGAAGGCAAGGUAAGCUUCCUGGAGGAGGGGACAUUGUUGCUGGACCUUGAAAGAUUAAUAGACUGCCUCAUUCAACCUCUGGACUUUAUUAUCUUGGGCCUGGAAAUAGAAGGGUGAUCUAAAACACCCUCCACAUAGAAUUGAGGUGACUGAGGUCAGUCUUCAAGACAUUUCUGGUCACACAGCCCAUCAGCAAAAUGUUUCAUGCACUCACCAGUGGUGUGUGUAUAUUUUUUCAUAAAAUAUAUAUUUGUCCCCACUAGCAAUCACUAUACCAAAAACUGAAUAAAGCUCAACUCCCUAUGUCUAAAUAAAAAAUUAAAAAAGCAAUAAGGCUCACGUUACAUACAUUAGAAUUGCUACUAUAAAUAAACCAUGCAAACAAACAGAAACUUCAGAAAAUAACAAGUGUUAGUGACAAUGGAGAGAAAUCGGAACCCUUGUGCCCUGUCGGUGAAAAUGUAAAAUGGUACAGUCACUACGGAAAAUAGCAUGAUAGUUCCUCAAAAAGUUGAAACAGAAUUAUCACAGGGCUCAGCAGUUCCAUUUCUGGGUAUUUCACCCAAAAGAGUUGAAAGCAGGGUCUUGAGAUAUUUGUACACCCACAUUCAUAGCAGCAAGGUUCACAACAGCCAAAUGCGGAAGCAGCCCCAUCAAUGGGUCCAUCCACAGAGGACUAUGUAAACCCAAUGAGGCACAUCCAUACCAUGGAAUGUUAUUCAGCCUUAAAAAGGAAGUCAGUUCCAACACCUGCCACAACACGAAUAAACCUUGAGAACAUUAUACUCAGUGAAAUAAGCUAGACACAAAGGACAAAGACUGUAGGAUUCCACUUUGAUGCGGUCCCCAGAGGAGUCCUG